GUGACGUAGUUGUUUUGUUUAUAUAACAAAGCAAAGGAACGGUGUGGUGGUCUUGACUAUAGAAACUGAGCCAUGAUUUCGAGGGUAGCCUUCGUUUUUCUCGGCGUAGUUUGCGCCGUAGGCUUCGGCGCGUUAAUCGGAGGAUUCAGCAAUGCAGACCCCAACGAGGAAGGGGCGAGGAAUGCUCUCAACUUCGCCAUUGCUCAACAUAAUGCGGCCACGAACGACAUGUACCGCAGAGUCGGCAAAGAAGUGAUCGAGUCUAAAAAACAGAUUGUCGCCGGCGUCAAGUACGUAUUCACUGUUAAAAUGGUGAAGACUAACUGCAGGAAGGACGCUUCUGAUGAGUGCGCCGUGCCAGCCGACGCCCAGCCUUACCAGUGCACUUUCACCGUGUGGAGCCGCCCAUGGCUGCCAGACAUCCGGCUGGUCGGGGAAACAAAUUGCUAGGAAAUUGAACACAUGGGAAACAUCAUUGUAAGCAUAUUAUUAACAUACAUACAUACAUACCAUGUAUGCAUGCAUGCAUAUUAAUAACACCUCAAUGUUCUCUAUCAGCAGAAAAUUAUUCAUUUCUACUAAGUCAAUUGUACACAAAGCAUGCAAAUAACUACUGAUAGAGUGGUUCUGAUUGUGGUUGGAUGAGAAAAAUAACAACAGAAUAAAUUGUUUAUUCCCAGA